CUCGACGAAGCGUGCACUGUGGUGCUGGCUCAAACUCUCCCAAUCAGAUAAAAGAGAGAAUCCAGCAUUUCUUAGGUCAUCUCACUGUCUUCAGCUCUGGCCUUCUAUAAAUUUGAAAAUUUGAAAACCCUAGCUCAUUCAUUUUGCAAUUUAGAUUAUUCUAUUUACUCCUGUAAUUUAGGCAUAUCAGAAGGGAGCUUUAGAUAACAGAGGAAAAAAACACAGAAGCGUUGAGUUCAAAGGAGAUGGAAGGGCCAUCGGCUCCAGCUAUCCGUCGUGACCCUUAUGAUGUUUUGUGCGUUGCGAGGGAUUCCACUGAUCAGGAGAUUAAAACUGCCUAUAGAAAACUAGCUCUUAAGUACCAUCCUGACAAGAAUACCAGCAAUCCUGAGGCUUCUGAGCGUUUUAAGGAAGUUGCAUAUUCUUACAGCAUUUUAUCUGACCCAGAAAAGAGAAGACAAUAUGACACUGCAGGUUUUGAGGCUGUUGAAGAUUCGAUGGAUAUGGAGAUUGAUUUAUCCAAUCUAGGAACUGUUAAUACAAUGUUUGCGGCAUUAUUCAGCAAGCUUGGUGUCCCCAUUAAGACUACAAUCUCAGCUAAUGUUCUUGAAGAAGCUCUAAAUGGAACCGUCACAGUUAGACCCCUUCCUAUUGGAACAUCAAUUAGUGGAAAGGUAGAAAAGCAAUGUGCCCAUUUCUUUGGUGUAACAAUAAGUGAUGAACAAGCUGAGGCUGGGAUUGUUGUCAGGGUAACUUCAUCCGCACAAAGCAAAUUCAAGUUACUUUAUUUUGAACAAGACGUCAAUGGUGGCUACGGUUUGGCCCUACAGGAAGACAGUGAGAAGACAGGGAAGGUGACAUCUGCUGGCAUGUAUUUUUUGCAUUUUCAAGUAUACAGAAUGGAUUUGACUCUAAAUGCGUUAGCAAUAGCUAAAGACCCUGAAUCUGCUUUCUUUAAAAGGUUGGAAGGUCUUCAACCUUGUGAGGUUUCAGAACUAAAAGCUGGCACACAUAUAUUUGCUGUUUAUGGAGAUAAUUUUUUCAAGACUGCUUCUUACACAAUUGAGGCACUUUGUGCAAAGUCUUUUGAGGAUACCACUGAGAAGCUUAAGGAUAUUGAAGCUCAGAUUUUAAGCAAGAGAAAUGAGUUGCGCCAAUUUGAAACAGAAUAUAGAAAAGCAUUGGCACGCUAUCAAGAAGUUACCAACCGAUACAGUCAAGAAAAGCAGUCCGUAGAUGAGCUGCUGAAACACCGUGAUAGCAUCCAUGCUUCAUUUACUGUAACAAAAACACCCAACAGUGUUGGUGUUAAAUUAAGUAAUGGAAGCACUAGCAAAGUUCCUGGUGAGGCUGAGAGUCCAUUGGAAGAUGGAAACUCGGACGGGAAGGAUAAAUCAAGCAAAAAGAAAUGGUUUAAUCUGAAUCUGAAGGGAUCAGAUAAAAAGCUUAGUUGAAAUGGGAUUCAGGUUAGAAAUAUUUGCCACCGCUCUCCAGCUUGCUUUGUACUAUUUAUUCAAUUCAUUUCCUAUCUUUCUGAUCCACCAUGGUUUUUGAGUGAGUCAGUUUUAGAGUAAAGAUCAUGUCAAUGUAUGACUAUAUGGCUGUAACUUUUAAUUCCUGUUUUUGCUUAUUUGAUCAAGUGAGCUCUCCUUUGAUACUUCA